AAAAAAAGAUAGAGAAAUCCCUAGAUCGAUCGAAAGAAGAUGGCGGAUACUCUGAAGCGGAUGUUGGAAAGCGGAAAGCUAACGGACGAACAAUGCCUCUCUAUGUUGAGGGGAUUAGAUUUCGAUAAAGAAGCCAAAGUAGUGGGUGAAUGCACAUCUGAGAUCACCCCUGUCCAUAGUAGGAAAAGGAAAAAGAAAGCGAUUCAAGGAACAAAUGAGGAAGAAGAAGUCGACAACCGGAAAUCUCUGCCGCAGUUGUUGGACAUGCGGAAGCUACCUAAUGAAGAAAAGAAACGUAUUUUUUGCCAAUAUGAAGAACUAGGGGUUGAAGAAGACAUGGAUUACAUUAGGCAAAUCGCAAAUACUCAGGGUUUCGAUUUCAAGCCUGACGUUCGUAUCCCACGUCUUAAAGGAUACUCACCAUUUUAUUUUGGCGAAAACGAAGAGCAACCACCUACCGAAAUGGUUCUCUACGGCCGUUUGGGAGUUCAUUGGUUCAACUUUGAGCAGAAAAGGAAGUUGAAGUUCAUACGCAUACCAAAAUUGAAUACCGAACAUCCCUUUUCUUUUUCUUACUUUAUUACUGUCGAGGUUAAAGAUGAUGAUGCUGCUGCUGCUGAUUCUCUCACUUUGCAAACUCUGGUCAGGAGACCUUCCUUUCCCGAGUUGAAACUCUUGAUGGAACGCUGCAGAAUCAAACCAGCGGAAAUAUCAGACCACUCGUUUAACUGCUUCUAUCUGUCUUUCCGAGGAUGUAUGCCUACCUUUUUGUCGGAACUACCAGAAGAAGCUGAUGAUGAUGAUGGUGUUAGAUUCUACGAGGUUCAGACCAAGGACAUUGAUAAUAAUGAUUGGCUUCGUCUCUAUACCGAGUUUGCACUUUUCCAAGUUUGCGAGGCUGGAUCUCAUUCUUUCCUGCCCAAGGAGAUGAAUAUAAAGAAGAUACUUGUGGAAACCCGAGAACCUCAUACUGAUCCGUCUCUCAAGCUCGACUCUAUGAAUGCUAUCUUCCACAUAAGCUUCAGGGCCAACAGUUGCGACUACACAUCGGUAGUAAGGAGAACUACCGAUGAGAUUUCAGGACAUAUGUUCCUCGAAGUUGAAAAUUUCUCUCCACAAGUUCCUUCAUGAGAGGAUCAAAGUUGGUGGUAAACCCGGUGCACUCGUUUGUUUAUACGUAAACAGAAAACCAGUUUUGAAUUGUCUCAAUUGAAUAAAUCCGCUAAACUGGUUUUCUCGGUCAAAUCUUUAAAAGUAACUGGGCUCGACUAUAUUGGCGGAUGGUAUGUGUUGAUUUGUCUUUGCAAAUCAAUGUCGGAGGCCAAAUCACUUAAGAUAAUAUUCAUAAAUUUUGUCUAUAAUAUUUUUGGCAAUUUAGAUAUUGUUUGUGUAGUUA